CUCUCUCUCUCUCUCUCUCUCUCUCUCUCUCUCUCUCUCUCUGUAAUGUGUAACUCUUGUAUAGGUCAUCUGAUCCAUACGAAAGGUGGGCCAGACCAUGAACAUCACCCAGGGAGAGAAUCAUCUGGGCCCACUAAUUGGGUGGACCACAUUGUUGAACCCAAUGGACAGCCGUUGGUGUGACUCAAUUCACAUAGUGACCCACUAAAUGAGUGAGCCAAGCUGUUUUUCAUGGAAGAUGAUCUCCAUGUUGUUACUCACCUUUUGCACGGCUUGGAUGUCAUACGCACACAGAAAAUUGGCGGGAAAGAUGGGUUUGCAUGUGAAGGUUUACAUACAAUGCCUGCAGUUAUCAUCUCUCUCAGCUCCAUCUUUCCCACCAACGUGUCAUCUCUGUAGGAAAUCUGAUCCGUUCAAGUAGUGGACCACAGCAUGAACAUCACCUAGGAUGGGAAUCAGGAUGGCCCACCAAUUGGGUGGCUCGCAAUAUUGGAAUAUGGACGACCGAUGGUCUGCUCCACAUGCAGUAAUGGCCCACUAAUAACUGGAUCUGCCUAAUUUUCACAUUUUGUGUUUUUUCCGAGUUUUUUGAGUUGACCCUUCUUCAAGUCUUGAUAAAAUCUGGUCGAGGUGAGUCAACUCAACCACUUCGAGUCAUGUUUUUAAACCAUGGAAGGUUCAGACUGGGUCUGUGUCACUCUAUCUCUGCCGCUCAUCAGGUGGGCCCUGCCCAAUUUGUACUUGGUCCGAAAAAUUAGAUUCAUCCUGGUCAUUGAUGGGCCACACUUGUAGAAAAAACGAUCAAAGGUCCACAUUUGUCAUGCAAAUGUAGCCCACUUAUCCAUCAGGCCAUCUUAUUUUUCUCACCAUAGCACAUCAAAUGCAUCUCCCAUCUGAUGAACGGCCUGGAUCACGCAGACGUAUCUAUCUGGAACAUGUGGACAGUAAUUCUUUUGUGGGAUUUUUGGUGUAGGUGAAUGCAAUGAAAUGUUGGAGUUCUAUCACCCCAAAUCCCCCCCUACAACUAAUCCAAAAUCAAUAGAAAUCCAACCCAAAUGUGCUGAUUUUUUCAAUUCAAGAACAUCCCAUUCGCCUAAAUUCCCACCAAAAAACAACCAUUCAAUCUCAAUCAAACCAUCAACAGAUUCAAAUUUCCCUCCAAAACACAUACAAUCCCCACAAGAAAACACCCACCUUUUCUCAACAACCAAUUCAUCAAGCUACAUAGAUUUCCCGGUGAAAAUCGAACAUUCAAUCCCACCUAACCAAUCCACUCAUUCGAAUUCGCCGCUCAAAAUUGCCGGUUCCGUCCCAAGAAAAUCAUCGGGGAAUUUGAAAUUCCAAUCAAGGCCUACCCAUAAAGGAUCCAAACAUUUUCCACCAAAUACCAAACAAAUCUCCUCACUAACAUUGCAAAUCCUCACUCAAAUCUAUAAACUAGGCCCCACUCCUGACAUAAUCACAUACACAACCUUCAUCAAGUACUUAGGUGAUUGUGGCCAUGCCGACGAAGCAUCCGAGCUCUUCGCGAUCAUGAAAGAAACACACGACCCCGAUGUGAUUUCAUUCACUGUUCUCAUCCAAAUCCUCUGCAAUUGCCGACAGCUCGAUCGAGCGCUGGACCUCAUUCAAGAAAUGCCCUCCCAUAACUGCAAACCAGAUGUCUUUUGCUACAACACCUUAAUCAACAAGCUCGGCGAAGCGGGCCACGAGGAUCACAUCCGGACCCUCUGGUCAGAAAUGCAAUUGGAUGGAAUCCGUCCCAACAUCAUCACCUACAGCUCAUUGGUGAAAUCCCUUUGCAUUGUGAACAAGAUCAAUGAGGCCAUUUCAGUCAUGGCCCACAUGGAGACAUGUGGAAACAUCAAACUGAAUACAUAUGUUUACAACACGAUCAUGAUGGCAUAUCUUGACCGUGGACAGAUCCGUGAAGCUCUAGGAGUUCUUGGGAGGAUGGAGAUUCGUGGGUGCUGCCCAGAUUCGUGUAGUUUCAAUCUGUUCAUUAGAUAUUUUAGUGAUUUGGGCCAUGGUCUAACAGCUUAUGUGUUCUUGAAGGAGAUGGUUAGAAGGGGAGUUGAAGCCAAUGAGAUUAGUUACAAGGCAUGUGCUCUUGGCCUAAUCAAGGAAGGAAAGGUCAGAGAAGUUUUUGAAUUGAUUGAGGAAACCAGGAUUUCAUGUGUUUCUCUAAGUGUUGGUUUUUGGAACAAUCUCAUCUUGUGGUUUGGGAAAAUGGGGAAAUUGGAGGAGGCUUAUGGUGUUUUCAUGAGCAUCAAAAACCCUAAUGAGAUUACCAUGAAUAUUGUAAUUAACAUGUUCUACAAGCAUGGAAGGGGUGAUAUUGCUUGGGAUAUGUUCAACCUCAUGGGAGAGAUGGGAAUCCGACCAUCCAUUGUGACUUACAACAUAUUGGUGCAUGGGCUAGGGAGGGAGGGGAGGACCCGCCAGGCGGCCCAGCUGGUGGGCCGGAUGGAAUUAGACGAAUGCCUGUCGCCUGAUGUGGUCACGUAUAAUUGUUUAUUGGAUGGAUUGUGUAGGGCCGGCGAGAUCGACGGUGCUUGUCGGCUUGUUUUGGAGAUGGUAAGAAGAGGGUGCGGGCCAGAUUUGAUUAGUUAUAAUACAUUGAUCAACGGUUUGAUUAGUGUUGGGAGGCUGGAUGAUGCAUGUAGCUUGUUUGAACAUAUGAGAGGGAAAUGGGAUGCUCAUGUUGUACCUUUGGAGAGAUUGAUUAUGGAAAUGGUUGAAAGAAAAUUAUCCAUUUGAUUCA